GGUUCGGCUCCGUCGCUCCAAGUCGUCCACGCAUCUAUUUUAUCCCCUUUUCUUAAGAAAUUAGCCCCGUUAAGCUUCGCGAUACCGCCCCCAAUCUCCGCGUCGGGACGGAGCCGCCAGGCCGGGACAGAGACGGAGAGCGAGGACUCGGCCAUGGAAGCCGUCGGACCCGGCCCGCCAGCCCCUCCUCCCUCUCUGUUCCAGCCUCCGCGGCGUCCCGGCCUCGGCACGGUGGGGAAACCCAUCCGGCUCCUUGCCAACCACUUCCAGGUGCAGAUUCCCAAGAUUGAUGUCUAUCACUAUGAUAUCGACAUCAAGCCUGAGAAACGGCCUCGGAGGGUCAACAGGGAGGUGGUGGACACCAUGGUGCGGCACUUCAAGAUGCAGAUCUUUGGAGACCGGCAGCCUGGCUACGAUGGGAAGAGGAACAUGUACACAGCACAUCCACUGCCAAUAGGAAGAGACCGGGUGGACCUGGAGGUGACCCUGCCCGGGGAGGGGAAGGAUCAGACGUUCAAGGUGUCCCUGCAGUGGGUGUCCGUGGUCAGUCUUCAGAUGCUCCUGGAGGCGCUGUCGGGUCACCUUAACGAGGUCCCCGAGGACUCCGUUCAGGCUCUGGAUGUCAUCACGCGGCACCUGCCUUCCAUGAGGUACACACCGGUUGGGCGUUCGUUUUUCUCACCUCCGGAGGGUUACUACCAUCCCCUCGGUGGAGGCAGGGAGGUGUGGUUUGGUUUCCAUCAGUCCGUCCGUCCUGCCAUGUGGAACAUGAUGCUCAACAUCGAUGUGUCAGCCACUGCUUUCUACCGUGCUCAGCCCGUCAUAGAGUUCAUGUGCGAGGUGCUGGAUAUACAGAACAUCAACGAACAGACCAAACCACUGACGGACUCGCAGCGCGUCAAAUUCACCAAGGAAAUUAGAGGUUUGAAAGUCGAGGUCACACAUUGUGGUCAGAUGAAGAGGAAGUAUCGAGUGUGCAAUGUCACACGCCGACCUGCCAGCCACCAAACGUUCCCCUUACAGCUUGAGAACGGCCAAGCCAUGGAGUGCACAGUAGCUCAGUAUUUCAAGCAGAAGUACAAUCUUCAGCUCAAGUAUCCUCAUUUACCCUGUCUGCAAGUCGGGCAGGAACAGAAGCACACCUAUCUCCCCCUGGAGGUCUGCAACAUCGUAGCAGGCCAGCGCUGUAUCAAGAAACUGACCGACAACCAGACGUCCACCAUGAUUAAAGCUACAGCUCGUUCAGCCCCCGACAGACAGGAAGAGAUCAGCAGACUGGUCAAAAGCAACAGCAUGGUCGGGGGCCCGGACCCUUACCUGAAAGAGUUUGGCAUCGUCGUGCACAACGACAUGACAGAAGUAACAGGGCGUGUUCUCCCAGCGCCCAUGCUACAGUACGGGGGCCGAGUUAGUACGGAUACAGGACGGGACUGUGGCAGGGGACUCUCUCCGCAGAAUAAAACCGUGGCCACGCCCAACCAGGGCGUGUGGGACAUGAGGGGGAAGCAGUUCUACGCCGGCAUCGAGAUCAAGGUCUGGGCUGUGGCCUGCUUCGCUCCGCAGAAACAGUGUCGGGAGGACCUGCUCAAGAGCUUCACCGACCAGCUUCGAAAGAUCUCAAAGGAUGCUGGGAUGCCCAUUCAAGGCCAGCCAUGUUUCUGUAAAUACGCCCAAGGAGCCGACAGCGUGGAGCCCAUGUUCAAACACCUCAAAAUGUCUUAUGUUGGUCUUCAGCUGAUUGUGGUCAUUCUGCCUGGAAAAACACCCGUCUAUGCUGAGGUCAAGCGUGUGGGCGACACCCUCCUCGGCAUGGCCACCCAGUGCGUCCAGGUGAAGAACGUAGUGAAGACCUCCCCCCAGACCCUCUCCAACCUCUGCCUCAAAAUCAACGCCAAGCUGGGAGGCAUCAACAACGUCCUGGUGCCUCAUCAGAGGCCCUCCGUGUUCCAGCAGCCGGUCAUCUUCCUCGGUGCGGACGUGACUCAUCCUCCAGCCGGCGAUGGCAAGAAGCCGUCCAUCGCAGCAGUGGUGGGCAGCAUGGACGGACACCCCAGCAGAUACUGUGCGACGGUGCGAGUCCAGACGUCUCGACAGGACAUAUCCCAAGUAACAACGGAGCAGCUCUUCAGUCAGGAGGUAAUUCAAGACUUGACCAACAUGGUGCGUGAGCUGCUCAUCCAGUUCUACAAGUCCACGCGCUUCAAGCCCACACGCAUCAUCUACUACCGUGGCGGCGUGUCUGAGGGGCAGAUGAAACAGGUGGCGUGGCCGGAGCUGAUAGCCAUCCGUAAGGCCUGCAUCAGUCUGGAGGAGGACUACAGGCCGGGCAUUACCUACAUCGUGGUCCAGAAACGACACCACACGCGUCUCUUCUGCUCCGACAAAGCUGAGAGGGUUGGGAAGAGUGGUAAUGUCCCGGCCGGCACCACAGUGGACAGUACCAUCACACACCCGUCCGAGUUCGACUUCUACCUGUGCAGCCAUGCUGGGAUUCAGGGAACCAGCCGUCCCUCCCACUACCACGUCCUGUGGGAUGACAACUGCUUCACGGCCGACGAGCUGCAGCUCCUCACCUACCAGCUGUGCCACACGUACGUCCGCUGCACCCGCUCCGUCUCCAUCCCAGCGCCGGCCUACUACGCCAGGCUGGUGGCUUUUCGAGCCCGCUACCACCUGGUGGACAAAGACCACGACAGCGCUGAAGGCAGCCACGUGUCGGGCCAGAGUAACGGUCGAGACCCCCUGGCGCUGGCCAAAGCAGUUCAGAUCCACUAUGACACCCAGCACACCAUGUACUUCGCCUGAGCUAUGGAGCACGACAGCCAGUCCACCCGCAGAUCCCCCCCCCCCUUUUCUCCCCUCUCUCUUUAUAUCUCUUAUUUGCCAGUCUUUCUCUCUUCUCCUCCCAUGUUUCUCUCGUUCUCGAUCUCUUCGUGUCAUCCGUCUCCCUCUCUUCAUUGUCACUCUACAUUUUCCCCCGAAUCUGCACCAAAGCGACUCUUGGACGGGAGACUCUGCUGCGUCGCGGCAGUUUUUUCACGGAACAAUCUCCAACCAGCGUUCCCAAAACCGAGUCGCCUUACUAACCAGCAAUCCAGCACUGUGAAACCCCCCCCACACCCCAAGAGGCUUCACAGUGCACGAAAGAAAAAAAAAAAAACUAAAAAAAACAAGAAAAAACAAAAACAAACCAUACACACACAUACAAGUUGAGCCAUUAUUUCUUUUUGUUUGUUUUUGUUUUUUCUAUUUGAAUGUCUGCACUCUUUGUGUUUGUAAGAUACACUGAGCGGCGGGAGUGGACUGGCACCAUCUGUGUCGGCACAGCUCUCCCAGCUCUCCCAGCUCUCCCAGCUAAGCAGGACUCUUAUCUACUUUUACCUCAAAGCCCCUUUGGGCAAAAUCUGUCACAAGGUCUUGGGUUUAUUGGGUAGUGGGGGAGGGACAUGAACAGAGACGGAAUGGAGCCGACCUUUGGAGAAUGAUAUAUAUAUAUAUAUAUAUACACAUGUAUAUAUAUAUUUUUCCUUUUUAUGAGCGUGUGUUUUAACUUUUUCUCCUCUACGGUCUUUUACAAAGCGAGGUGACCAGGGUGUCCAUGCCCAUUAUUACUUUCCUCCCAUCUUGGCAAAGAAUACGCAAAGGUGUGUGUAUGUGUGUGUGUGUGUGUACCUGAUUGUGUGUGUGCGUGCAUCUCUGUAUAUAUACAUGUACUGCUGUAUGAGAGUGUGUUUGUGUGCAUGUGUUUCAUGGCAGGCCACUGAAUUGUAAAGGGAAAUCAAGGAGAUAACUGCUGUAAAUGCCUCAGAUUUGUUGUUUUUAUAUUCACACAUACAGUACAAAUAAGCAUAUAUUUACAUCUCUAGAGAAACUUUUGAGACAUAUGACGUAAACUGGCUCAGCAGAGGCAGGUGGCGGGAAUUUCUAUCAAGUCCUGCGUUUCACUUCUUAGUUUGAAAUGUUUUGAGUUAUUGAUCACGCGCGUUCGUUCGUCCUGCUGCUGUUGCACAGACGAGCGGGUUCUUUCCUUUCUUGCAUCUUAGGGGCACCGGCUUCUCCUUUUGUGCCUGGAAACAUCACUGAGUCCCAGAUCAAACAAUAAGUAGCUUAAUCCAUUUCGAGCAGGAAGUGAGGGCAGGUGUGACGUGUAGCAGGAGCGGCUGUGGUCUGGCCUGUGAGCGGCUCGGCACUGGGACCAGUUCACUGGCACCAGGCGCAGCGGGUGUGGUUUUAUCAGCCUUGCUUUCUGUAUGAAGAGCAGGAUCUUUCUUUUCCUUGGACCUGAUUACCUGAAAGAUUAUAUGAUGACAUUGCUGGACGUUGCUUUUCUUAUUUUUAAUUUUGUCAAAUAGUAAUUUCAAGGGCCGGAAACCAACAUUUAUUUUUUAUUUAAUUUUUUUUUCGAGGUCUCCUUUGCUAAUACUGGCCAACUCAUUGCACUGACCCGGGACGCUAGGCAAGCAACAGAGGGCACUCUCAAAUCUCUCUUACCUUUAUGCAUUUAUACAUAUGAAUCAACAAAGCAGAUUUGUAAAAGUUUAAUAUAAGAUGUUUUGUGGUUAUCUUAAAAAAAAAAAAACUGUGUAGAAUUAGUAGUUUACCAUUUGAUGUUGUUGUUGUUAUCGUUGUUGUCAAUGUUGUUACUAUCGUGAUGAAAUUUUAAGGAUGGCAGCAAAGCCAGUUAUAUAGUUACUAGAGCCACUUCAGGAAUAGACUUCGGUUGUCAGGCUGCAGGUUUUUUAAGGAGUAGAGCUUUGGGUUGGAAUUUAUUUUCUGUUUUUUAGCAUUCUGGCUAAUGGCGAGAAGACGUAGGCCCCCGGGACGGAUGAAAUCAAGCUUCCUCUGUAGAUUCUGACGCGAGUAACGGUCAGCGGCAGAUUUAAAAGUAUUUUGAAGUGUAGCACUCCGACAGGUUAAACAGAUCUGCCGCCCUCGUUGGUUUUUGAUCCGAUGGAUGGAGACAAUCGGGGAUCGUAAUCAGAGUGAAACCAGAUUAAGGGAUUUGUUUAAACGCGGUUUGUGAUAGGCAAUGAGUUGAAUUUGUAGGCUUUUUAAAAAAGAAAAAAAACGGUUUAUAUUAUUCUUGUGUGUAUUUGAAGUAUACCCAUCUUAAAAGUCUCUACUAUUUAGCAGUGUUUGUUUCCUGUUUUUAUGCAUUUUUAACACUGGAUUAAAUGAAUUGACAAUAAGCAUAAGCACUGCCCUUGAACCCCCGGUUACCAUGGAGAGAAUUAUGGUGACGUUGGCACGGUGACUGCUGCAGAAGUUGCGCCCCCUGUUGUUUCAGAUGAAGAUGUUAGACGUGGAGGGUUUUUGGAGAAAUAGUCGGCGCACACGCCUCCUCAGGGAGGCACAGCUCAGUGAAAACUCUUUUGUAAUAAACCACCCGUAAAGCAGCAGGUUUACUAUGAAUGAGUUUGAGCACCUGCCUGUUGAAGGCGUGGGCGCUGGCACCAGUGAGGAGAGGAAGUACAGAAGCUGGGCUGGUGGUGGUGGUGGUGGUGGGGGUUGAGAGGGUGUUGUCCAGGCACUGCAUGCAAUAAGUGUUGGCGGAUCAGAUUUUUAAAACGUGCACUAGUUUUACCGAGCCAAGUGGGCUGUGACUGAAUAUUCAUCUGGCAUCUCGAAUAGGGAACGAUUUGACGUUUUUUAAUCACAAUAUUUGAUCGUUGAACUCCCGUCAGAUAAUUGAUCACUCCCAGUUUUGUAACAUGACAUUGCAAAGCAAUAUUCACCCAGUUGUAGUUUUCAAAUGUGGAAAAACAAAGCUAUAAUUCUACUCAUUGUGGUUGUUGGUCUAGUUUUUACGCUAUUGUGUCUCUGUACUUAUAUAUAUUUUUUUUAUUUGUGUUUAUUUUAUUUGCUUGUAUCAAUCAGUGGGAAUGUGCAUUUGGUGGAAUAGUUCUGUAGACGUUAGACCAUUUUCUUUAAAGCAACUCAAUUUAGACUUUGCUCGCCUGCAUGCCAGAGUAUUGUCCUUGUUUUUUUUUGUUUUUUUUUAAGAAAAACUAAAAAAAUCUUUUUUGAAAUCAUAUUUAUUAUGAGAAAGGAAAAAAUAUAAAGUCUUUUUCUUUUUGGGUAAAUGUUUUAUCGACUUAGUGGGACUAUUUUAGGCUAGCAAUAUUUGUCCAGUCUCUCUAAGAUGUAUUUUAAAGAUUCCUACACAAAUGUCAGUAAUUUGUGAGGUACAAGCUGUUUUUUCGGAGGCGGGGGGGGCGGGUGUCUGGCUCUUUGCGUGUUGUUCAAAUUCAAACGAGGUACUUUCUUCAAUCGUGGACCCGUUAAAGAGCCAAACCCCCCCCGCCCCCCUCCUCUCCGCCAGGUUACCGUAGCGAGUGUUGUCUCCUCGUUCCUGGUUUGUACCUGUGGCCACGCCUUUAGAUGGGAUGGGGGCACUCUCCUGUCUCCAUGGCAACUCUGCAGACCCCUUACAAACGCACUUCCUCUUUGUGGAGGGGUCCCCAUAGCAUCGACGGAGCAGGAUUACCUCUUUUUAAACCUUUUUAAAAGUAUACCCACAAUUCUUUCUGUGCCCCAGUAGAAAGAGAGCAUGAAUUAUUUUUUAAAUUCCUCUACCUUUGAUAUAUUGUUAUAUCUUAACGGAUUUGUAAUUUGACAUUGUAUCGUGUAUUUUAAUUUAAUUUUAUAGUUUCCUUUUUCUUUUUUUUCGGGGUUUGUUAAAGUUUCUGCUCUGUAUCUUUUUUCUUCUUUUUUUUUUUUUUUUGCUAGUGGUCUCUGAAGCUGUGUGUGAUCGUUUAAUAGCAAUAGAGCCGGGGUAGAAUUGGAACAUUCCAAUUCUGUGAAUGGAGCGUUCCGAUCUUGUGAAUGAACACAACCGCUUUCUAACCAUUUGUGAGGGGGGUGGGGCGUGUCUUAGCUCCACCCCGCCAGCAGAGGGCCAUUCACUUACUGUUAUUGCUAUUAUGUGACAUGUUCAAAUAAUUUUUUAGCCUGCAGGGAAUUCUUGUGUUUAUGUGCAAAGUAAUAAAUUGGUAUUUUAUGCCUGAAACUAA